AUGUCCAGUUCUUCCUUAACAGCUAAAUUUAAAGACCGAUUCCUUGAAGCAUCAGAUAAUGGAUUCACUUACGAUUGUAAAUUCAUUGUUGGUUCUGAAAACAAAGUAAUCGAGGGACACAAGAUGUUCUUCUCGCUGGCCAGUGAAGUGUUCAAAGCAAUGUUCUACGGUGACCUGAAGGAAGACAACGUUGUCAAAAUUGAAGAUUUGGAUGCUGACGGAUUUGAAGCCAUGAAGUAUUUCAUCUACACAGGUGAGGUGAAUUUCUCGUCAACAAUUCAAGCUUUAUUGACCUACAUUGCCGCUCGAAAGUAUCUCAUAUCUCAACUUACCAAGCAAUGCAUUGUGUAUAUUGAGCAAAAUAUUAAGCCGUCUGAGGUAUUGGAAGUCUACGAGUAUUGUGAAACAAACAAUAUACCAGGGUUUGAUGAUCUGUGUUUGAAAAUCAUUGAAGAAGAAACUGAUCAAAUUGUUGAAAGUGGAUAUUUCCCUACAGCCAAAUCUGAAACAAUACAAUUGAUUUUGAAAUCUCGACGUCUGACAUUAGAAUCAGAGAUCCAGGUGUUUAAACUCUUCGAAAAAUGGGCUCUUGCUAAAGCAUCACGUGAAAAUAUUAGCGAUGAAAAGUUGGCAACUAGCUUUGGAAGCUUAAAGAAGUAUAUCAGAUUUCUAACGAUUAGCAAGGAGGAGUUCACGUCACAAGACGUAGAACAUUCACUGCUACUCACACAGAAAGAGAAAGAAGCUAUUCAGAGUAAUCUGUUGCUGGGAUCUGAUUUGAAACCCAUGCCUGAGAGUCUUUCAGUGGUACAGCGGCAACGUUCUGAAAAAGUACCUAAAAGACCUUUCCUAGUUCUCAAGUAA